GUAUGACAACGUCAGGCUAAGAAGAACCCGCAGCUGAACCGAAACUAACAGAGAACAACAUGGAGGCUGCAGAUAAGAAGAAGCUAAUGGACACCGGUGUGAUGGAGGCUGAGACGGAAGGUGAUGACUGUGACAUCAGCUGGAGCCAAGAGCUCAGGCUCGUCCUCAUUGGAAAAACAGGAAGUGGCAAGAGUGCAUCUGGAAACACCAUCUUGGGCCAGAGGCAGUUCAGGUCUCAGAUGAGCGGCAGCUCUGUCACAAAGAUCUGUGAGCUCGGGAGCGUCGUGCUCGCAGAGGAAGAGGCAGCCGAGGAGGAGGAGGAGGGCCAGGCUGUCACAGGGAGGAAGAUGAGGAGAGUCACAGUGCUUGACAUGCCAGGUUUUGGGGACACUCACCUCAGCAGGGAGCAGAUUAAUGACGAAAUAGCCAAGUGUGUGCGUCUCUCUGCCCCCGGGCCUCAUGCCUUCCUCCUGGUGGUGCCAUUAGGACGAUACACAGACGACGUGAACCAGGCUGUUAGUGAGAUGUCAAAGAUAUUUGGGGAGGAGGCACUCCGUCACCACACCCUGGUUCUUUUUACCAGAGGUGAUGAACUGAAGGGGAUGGGGAUUGAAGAGUUCCUGAAGACUGCGCCUCCCGGGCUCGAGGCUCUGAUUGACAGAGUAAAGAUCAUGGUAGCUGCUGUAGCCACAGGCAUGGCAAUCGGGGCAAUAGCAGGCCUACUAGUCCCUUUGGCGGCUGCAGGUGGGGCUUCCCUUGUGGGAAAUGUUGUCAUUGCAGCAGCAGCUUCGGGGAAAACGGCCCUGGCAGUGGGAGCAGCAGUAGGUGGGUUUGUGGGCGGUUCUAUGGGAGCCAUUGUUGGCACUGGGGCUGCCAGUCCAAUGGAGGGUGCUUUGGAUACUCUGGAGCAGGUUAGUGUCAUCGGGGGCUCUGCUGUGGUGUUGGCAGCAGGAGUUGGAGUGGCCAUGGGAGCUGGGGCUGCUGUAGGUGCAGCCAACGUGUCUGUAACUCAGGGUGGUUCAGCUCCCGCAGCACUGUCUACCACUGUAGCACCUCAGGGUGCAACAACUGGUAUUUUGGUUGAUACAGGCAAGGCUAUAGCAAGCGGUCUGAUGGGGGGUCUGGUAGUGAAGUGCAAUGACAACAAGAUAAAGAUAAAGAGCCUAAGGCUAGCCGAGGACAACAUUCGAGAGCACUGA